GUUGGGUUGUUCAGCUCAGAAUACAAAAUAUACAAAAAAAUUCACCCAUAUACGCAUAGGGCAUAAAUAAAUCAAUUUCCAAUACAGUGUGUACAUGACACAGACUUGAUUGUGUAGACUAUUUGUCUUGUGAAAUGGUUUGAGAUGACUUGUUUGCGUUUGCAAAAAUAACCUGAGCUGAAGUUAAUGUUUACACUGACUUCUUAGCAAACUUGCGAAUAUAAAGCCUGCUGCUUGAUGUAGCGUUCGCACUCCCACUGUGACGUAAAGACCGUUUAUCCAGCUGGAGCCAAUCACUGUUGAGCUGAACAUAGAUAUGACAUCGAUGCAUAAUCAUAGUGUACUGAAAAAAAGACACGCAACCAACCCCGUUUGAAGUUAGUUAGACCACAGUGGAAAAAUAAUUAGGAUUAUUUGAGGAGAUACAAAACAAAAAAAAAUUAAAUAAAAGAUGACAGGAAAGGACUCCAGAUAUACCCAAAUUUGCCACUCUGACUCUAAAUAACCUAAAAUAAUCUUUUCCGAACAGACAAGACCUUCUGAUCGUGUAAAAGGGAGCUUCUGGUCAGGAGAGAACCAAAAGGACAACACCCAGUAGAGCAGAUUGUAAAUUUAGCUUGCUCAUCCACUGUACACACAGUAAAGGGUUAAGGUUCGGUCUAUAUCGGAUUCAAACAAGGUUUGUCCAAAAGAUUAAAGCGAUCUCUCAAACAGUUUUAAUUUGUCACACCAGAUACUUGAAUAUCUUUCGCAUUUUUCAUUCGUUUUUUUUUUUUUCUUCUAACUUCAUAAAGCUUUCACACUGGAUUGACUAAAAAUUAUACAACAGCGCACCGGACACUGGCACCGCCAGCUGAAGUGUGGAGGUUAAGUAAAAGCUAUUACUUUUCAUAAUGAAUAUUAGGCUUUAUUGCUUGAAGUGACCUGGAAACGCCCCCACAGAAAGCUGAAUCCGGUGCCACACUUUGGGAGCCACAGCGCAGGGCUUGCCUGCCUCCGUACCGCUGCCUUUCCCUACCCGCGGAAGUAUUUUCUAUGUGCGUGUCGGAGAGCAGGAGACACAACUUGUAGCCUUCUCCUUGUUUCCUCCACACACAGCGGCUUCGCCUUCAGCGUGCAUUGGAGUAAAGGAGAGGGGGACACUUCUUUCCCGUUGUCGCUGUCGUCUGUUCUCCUCCUGCGCGCUUCCCUCUCUCCCUCCCUUCCCGCCUGCCUGCCUGCUUGCUUGGCUCCCUCCUCGUCCUCCCUCCGUUUUGUUCGCAAACCUCCGGAGCUCCAGAAGGCGAUGAGGGUCGGGACGAGUGCGUGAGAGUCGCAUCCCACAGGUGUGUUGCCGCCAAUGCAAACGGUGCCUCUAGGCUCUGGUCAGAGGCACGCGCGCGCAUACCUGGAAAUUACCAUGUGACUCUGCACCUGGGCGUGGAGAAAGUCCUCUUAUUCCAACCGGAGACUCUUUUGUUGAGGAGUUGACCGCGCCGUCUCCAAACAGCAGCGACUGUUCGGUCAGACAGCGUGACCCGGGUUUUGGUUCCUCUCCCCCACCCCCUCUUUCCAGCGGAAUAGUGCCUUUUCCCCCAGACCCACUCACAGGACGCGAGACGAGAUGUAAAACUUCCUUACGGACAUUUCUCUAAAUAAAAGUCGCCAGAUUUCGUUAGAGGGAUUCUUCGCUUGGCUCUUUGGACUGUUUGCGUUUGUGGAACUACUCCGCUCUUUCACCUUCAAGAGCCCGAGCCCUUAAUGAAGCCGGGGGUCAGCGGCAGUGUGUGGCUAAUUGGCCAAGUUCGCCCGGGGCUGCGGCUACCUGUGAUUGAAGUGUCCAGCGAGCGCACACUGUGCAGCCGCCGCUGCACCCUACUCUGUUCCACUCCAGCAGCCAAGACGCACCCAGCACCCCUGUCGGCCUCUCUCUAAGAUGGCAAGCUGGGUCUCCCUUCUUCUCGUCCUCUUAUGCCGAUCAAUAUCACAAGCCCAGGAGGAGAGCAGCAACGCCCCACACCCGGUUUUCAACUCCGAGACCACCAUUAAUAAUGUGGUUCAAGACCCCCAGACGGGCCGUAUUUAUCUGGGAGCCAACAACUCCAUCUACCAGCUCGGCCCUUCCCUCAAGCUGCAGGCCCGUGUCGAGACGGGCCCCAAAGAAGACUCGCCUACCUGCACACCGCCAGCGUCAGCCUGCCAGAACACGAAGCAGAUGCCCAAUCUCAACAAGCUUCUGCUAAUCCAUCCAUCCAAUCAGUCACUUAUAGCCUGCGGCAGUCGCUAUCGGGGCAUCUGCUCCCUCCUCAACCUGUCCAACGUGGAGCAGGAGAUUUACUACUCCGACAGUAAAGGAGAGAGGACUUACGUUGCCAACGUAGAAGAUAACGUCAAUGUGGUGGGAGUCAUGUCCUACUACAAAAAAGACGGGAAAACCUUCAACGUGUUUGUUGUGGGGAAGGACUACAGAAACUCUGACAGUUCAAAGCUCAUCAGCACGCGGAUCCUCGACGAAUACAAGGAGUGGGUUGUGUUUGAGACCAUCAUCGAGGCUUCCACAAUACAGCCGCCAUUUAAUAUAAAGUACUCUCACGACUUCCGGCAUGCCUUCAAAGAGGACGGCCACAUAUAUUUUCUCUUGUCUCGAACUGACGGCGUGGACACUAAAAACCUGACCUUCGUGUCCCGUCUCUGCGAAGACGACCAACAUUACUACUCCUACACAGAGCUUCAGCUGAAAUGUGGAGCAGAAAAUCAAUACAACAAAGUCCAAGCGGCUUUUGUGGCUUCUCCUGGAAAAGAACUGGUGCGGGCCAUGACUGGGUCCACUGUGUACACUGGGAUGGAGAAAGAAUGGGAAAAAGUCCUCUUCAUGGUGGCAAGUUCGGACGACCUUGAUGGUGAAUCGGCUCUGUGCAUGUAUCCCAUGAACUCCAUCAACGAGAGGCUGGUGGACAUAAUCAGCGCUUGUUACAGUGACAACGGGAAGAUUUCAGGGGAACCUGCUGUCUACAUCCCCUACUCUUCGAAAGCUGGAGAGUUUUGCACGUCUAAUAUUGGAGAAGACUUGCUGGAAAGCUACAAGUGUGGUGCAGACUUUUUGCCAUCCCCUCUGGCCAGCAGGCCAAAAUUUGCCUUAACGGCCAGUGCAGUGUGGACCUCUUCAAGCCUUCUGACCGCUGUGGCUGUUGCCGUGGAGAACGAUCACACCAUUGCUUUCUUGGGCAACAACAAGGGAGAGGUCUUCAAGGUACAUCUCACAGCGACAGCGGAUGAGUACGGAAAGGUUCCUGGUGACAACAUCGGGGAGAAGGUCAACAAGAACCUCUUCUUUGACCUCCCUCACAGCCACCUCUACAUCACCACAGAGAAAAAGAUCACCAAGGUGCCGGUGCAGACGUGCCUCCAAAAGACAGACUGCAAAUCAUGCGUGGAGCUGAGGGAUCCUUACUGUGGCUGGUGUGUCCUGGAGGGCAGGUGCACCAGGAGGUCCGAAUGCCGCCGGGCAGAGGAGAGGAACGGCUGGCUGUGGAGCCCCGGGCAGGAAUGUCUCAAGAUUUUAUCCUUCUACCCGCCGAACCUUUCCACCAAAAAAACCGACAAGAUCCAGAUCAACAUCCAGGCACUCCCUUCUAUCGGACCCUCUGACCGUCUGAAGUGUAAUGUUGGAUCGUUCCAGAGUGAAGGCACCAUGUCAUCGGGAACCGCCCAGGUCUCCUGUCAUCUGCCACAACCUUCGGAUAUCCCGAAAACUCCAGAGAAUCAAGAUUUUGUGGCCGUCUCAGUGAGGAUUUUCGUCAACGAGACUGUGGAGCUGGCUGAGAGGGAGUUCAAGUUCUACAACUGUGCAGCCACUGUGAGGAAAUCAGAAAACACGCCGUGCAUGGCAUGCGUGACAAGUCCGUGGGGCUGCCAGUGGAACACGCGUUAUCACACAUGUAGUGACAAAGACGACAGCUUAGUGGGCCCAGACAUCAUCGGACACCGUAAGGGAUCGGAUUGUCCUCGGUUUGAGAAUCCAGACCCAGUUCUGAUCCCAGUGGGCCACGAGACCAGUAUCAGUUUUGAAGGGAUCAAUUUGGAGAACUACGAGGAUCAUGUUUUCACCAUCGGCACCGAACUGAUGAAAAACAUGGAGGAAGUGGUCAGAAAAGAGAGCGGUCGUUUCUACAGUUUUAACGGCUUCAGUUUCUCCUACGAUAAGUCACCGGAGACCAGCAUCCUGUUUUACAUGAAGGACAAGAGGACUGGGAACAAGAUGGACAGCACUCUGAACGUCACCCUGUACAACUGCUCCGUGGGGAGGGAGGACUGUAGCCUCUGCAAGUCUGCCGACUCGAAGUACAACUGUGUGUGGUGCAGCAAGCAGAAGGCGUGUGUGUUCAAGAAGCUCUGUAGUGAUUCCCAAAACACUGAGUGCCCCAACCCUGAGAUCACCAACAUCGUCCCUCUUUUUGGGCCCAUGGAAGGAGGCAUCUCCAUUACCAUCCACGGGUCCAACCUUGGUAUUUACAAGGAGGACAUUAAAAACAUCACAGUAGCCGGAAAGCCCUGCAUACAUCAGGCGGAAAAGUAUUCUGUCUCCACCAGUGUCGUGUGUGAGAUUGGACAUAUAGGCCCCAAUGAAAGCCUCUCGGGUCCAGUGGAGAUAUGGGUGAAUGGGGGAAAGAGAGGAAAGUCCCGCAUUAACUUCACCUACAGGGACCCAGUGCCAGAAGCUGUGCACCCUGCUAGAGGGCCUAAAGCAGGGGGCACGAACAUUACAAUAACUGGGCAGUUUCUGAACACCAGCAGCAAGGAGGAUGUCCAGGUUAAAGUUGGAGACAUGAACUGUGCUGUGAAGGAAUUCGGGGAAGCUAUCGUCUGCAAGACAGGUGAAUACCAACAGGAGAAGUUGCCUCUGGAGAAGCUGCCCGUCACAAUUCAGUACGGAAAGAAGACCAUUACGUUCGUCCAAGGUGCCUUCCAGUACAUGGAAAACCCAACGGUGUCGGACCAUCAGCCCAGAGGAAGCUUCGUCUGUGGUGGGAGGAACAUUGUGGUCACAGGCUCCGGUUUUGAUCUCAUCCAGACCGCUGUGAUGAGGGUCCAGGGAGACAACUCAUCAUCUGUCGAGGUCGCCCACGAGAAGAACGACACGGUCAUCCAGUUUCGCUCUCCGACUGUGAGCGGCUCUCACAGCCAGGACUUCAGAACCUACAUCCAGCUGGACAACUGGGUGAAGGAGCUCAAGUCCUUCAAAUACUACGCCAACCCCGUCUUCGAGAAUGUGACGAAGAAGGUCAUCACCGAGACCAGCAUCAUCAUCGUCAAGGGUCGAGGGUUCUCCAGGGCGAUGACCGCCAAGGAAGCCCAAGCGUUUGUGGGUGACGUCCAGUGUCAAGUCAACACGCUUCAGGACGACAAGCUGUUCCUGGACCCACCUUCCAGUAAGCCCCGGGCCCGCUCCAGACGGCAGCGCCGAGACACCCGCCCCGAGCUGCUGGACCUGAUGAUCAAGUUUGGAAAGGGAGAGUGGGUAAUCGGCUCGGUGCAGUAUGAGAAGAAGAACGAUUUGUCUCUCUACAUAAUCAUCCCUGCAGUUAUUGUGCCCAUGCUGCUCAUCAUCAUCAUUUCAGUCUACUGCUACAGGAGAAAGAGUCAACAGGCCGAAAGAGAAUAUGAGAAAGUCAAGCAUCAGCUGGAGAACCUGGAGGAGAGCGUCAGAGACCGCUGCAAGAAGGAGUUCACCGACCUGAUGAUUGAAAUGGAAGACCACACGAACGAGUUGAGCGAGGGACGAAUCCCCUUCCUGGACUACAAGACCUACACCGACCGGGUCUUCUUCCUGCCGUCUAAAGACGGAGCCAAUGACGUGAUGAUCACAGGGAAGCUGGACAUCCCACAGGCCCGCAGGGCGACCGUGUCGCAGGCGCUCAACCAGUUCUCCAACCUUUUGAACUCCAAGACGUUUCUGAUUAACUUUAUCCGCACCUUGGAGCGCAGUCACGACUUCAACGCCAGGGCCAAGGUGUACUUUGCCUCCCUGCUCACCGUGGCCCUGCAUGGGAAGCUGGAAUACUACACGGACAUCAUGAGGACGUUGCUGCUGGAGCUGAUGGAGGAGUACGUCCACAGCAAGAACCCCAAGCUGAUGCUGCGCAGAUCAGAGACGGUGGUGGAAAGGAUGCUUUGUAACUGGAUGUCCAUCUGCCUUUACCAGUUUUUGAAGGACACUGCAGGCGAGCCCUUAUACAAACUGUUCCGAGCCAUCAAGCACCAGAUUGAAAAGGGGCCUGUGGACGCCAGAGUUAAGAAAGCCAAGUACACCCUCAACGACACUGGCCUGUUGGGCGACGAUGUCGAGUAUUCUGUACUGACCCUGCAGGUGCUGGUUCAAGGUGAGGGUCCGGACGUGACACCCGUCAAGGUGCUGAGCUGUGACACCAUCUCACAGGUGAAGGAGAAGAUCAUAGAGCAAGUAUACAGGAACCUGCCUUACUCCCAGAGACCCAAGGUGGACAGCGUCACUCUGGAGUGGCGUCCCGGCUCAACGGGACAGAUUUUAUCCGAUCUGGACCUGACCUCCCAGAAAGAAGGCAGAUGGAAACGCAUCAACACUCUGGCACACUACAAUGUACGAGACAAUGCCACGUUGGUUUUAUCCAGAGUGCUUCACACACAGCAGAACUACGACCAGAACCAGGAAAACCACGAAGAACGAAACGCUCUGUUGGACGACGACAAAGUUUUCCAUCUGGUGAGGCCGCAGGACGAGCUGGAUGAGAUCAAAUCCAAACGAGGGAGCAUAAAGGACAAGUCGAUGACCAAAGCCAUUACAGAGAUCUACCUGACUCGACUUUUGUCUGUAAAGGGAACGCUGCAGCAGUUUGUGGACGACUUCUUCCGCAGCGUGCUGUGCUCCGGGGCCGUGGUCCCACCUGCUGUCAAAUACUUUUUUGACUUCCUGGAUGAACAAGCGCUAAAACACAACAAUGUUGACGAGGAGACCAUCCACAUCUGGAAGACCAAUAGCCUGCCACUGAGAUUCUGGGUGAACAUCCUCAAGAAUCCCCACUUCACCUUCGACGUCCACGUGUCUGAAGUGGUGGACGCGUCGCUGUCAGUCAUAGCCCAGACGUUCAUGGAUGCUUGCACCAAGAGCGAGCACAAACUCAGCCGGGACUCUCCAAGUAACAAACUACUCUAUGCAAAGGAGAUCUCCACCUAUAAGAAGAUGGUGGAUGACUACUACAAGGGCAUCAGGCAGAUGGUCCCUGUCAGCGAUCAGGACAUGAACACUCAUUUGGCGGAAGUGUCACGGUCUCACACCGACAAACUGAACACCCAAGUGGCUCUCCAUCAGCUUUACCAGUACGCCAGCAAAUACUACGACGGGAUCAUCGCAUCCCUGGAUGACGACCCGGCUGCUCAGAGUAAACAGCUGACCCUGCGGCUGCAGCAGAUUGCGGCCGCCCUGGAAAACAAAAUGACUGAUCUCUAACCCACCGAGAGGAGGGACAAAAGUCCAAGACAUAGAGGGAGAUCGCCAGUGACUACAGGGGCUUAUUUCUUUUUCUCCUUUUUUUUUUUUUUUUCCAGAGCAGAAAGUAUGGAAAUGCAAAAAUCUGAGAGGGGGGACUCGUUUUGAUGUGUGCUUCCCCGGAGCA